AUGUCGCAACAGCGCAUCGCCAACGCCGUCGAGGGCCUGAUAGCCCACCUAGUCCCCGCCGAUCCUAGCAACAGUGAACGAACGCAGGAGCGUCACGAGCGCUGCUUUCAACUAGUCAACAACAUUCUGAACAACCAGACCUCCCCUCCCAUCUCAUCCGAUGUCAAUCAUGCCUCGGAUUUAAUCAAGCGUAAGCUGGUACAGACAAACCCUACACAAGCCCUGCGCUUUGCGAACCUGUACACCCGCCUGCUUUCGCUGCCUGUCCUGGACAAGAAGUGGGCUAUACUGCACCUCCUUUACCAACUUUCCGACUCGCCGGACCCCAGCGAUCCUCUGCCACUCAGUUCUCUGCAGCGGAGGCCAGCGCCUCAACCAAGAGAGAAAGAUGCGGUUAGCAGGCCGCCCGAGAGGGAGCAAGCAUCCAGCUCGUCUGCUUCCGCCUCGCUGUCUCGGGGAUCGGAGGAUGAGCUCAACGAAGCCUUCCAACCCGCAGGCCUUAGGAAGUUUCCCCCCGACAAGGCUAGAAGGGGCCCCGCCGAGGAAGCCAAAGUUGCCGCCGCAACCGCUGCCGGAGAGGAUAUGGACGUAGACUUAACGCAAACAAGAGAUGUUUCCCUGAAAUCUACCCUCCUGGCGGAGAACUCGCUGGAGCUUAAUCCGUCAGAACCUGUGCUGCUACGGGAUCUACCCUUUACGCUGCAAGGGCUUUCCUCGAGCACGCUGCCUUUUUCAUCCAAAUCAAGCCUGAAACUGCCGCCUACAUUACCCGCCCCCAUAAUAGCUCUGCUACAUCAGUUAGCGGAACCCUCGCUCCUGUAUCGGCGGCUCGACUCUUUUGUCAAGUCACCCGCAAACGGACUGCUCGGCCAAAGUCUAAGAGCCGCGAUGACGGGUGAGUUACGUUCGUAUCUCGGUCUGGUGGCUACACUCGAGGCCCAAAUACGACGUGCUUUGGCCGCACUGGACGACUCAGCACCUCGACAUGGCAUCGGUAAAGCCGGCGUCACUUUGAAGAGGCUCGUAGUUUGGACACGAGAGGCCACCAUGGGCUUACGGCUGCUCUCGCUGAUUGCCGAGGAAUCGCGCAAACACCAUGGUGGACGUCUCAUAUCGCUCAUCCAUGGAUUUUUGACUUCGCAUGGCGAUCCAACUGUCGGGGCUUUUGCGGUGCGGCUACUCACACACGUUACCCGCCCUUUUUACGACAUGCUGCGACAUUGGAUAUAUGAUGGCGAGCUCUCAGACCCCUAUCUUGAGUUCUUUGUACGGGAACAAGAUCCUAUGGCUGAGAAACACAAGGAGGCCAAGAUCAAAGGGCUCAGCUCAUUAUGGAAUGACAAGUACGAGGUUGACGAGUCGAUGGUCCCCGGAAUUAUCAGUGCCGACUUUGCACAAAAAGUGUUUCUCAUUGGCAAGUCACUUAAUUUCAUCCGCCAUAGUUGCGGUGACUCUCAAUGGGUAGAAGAGUAUAGCAAGGCGGCUUCAAAGGAGUUGCGGUAUGGCGAUACAGCUACCCUGGAGGCUUGGAUCGAUGAGGCUUACAAGACGACAAUGAAGCGAUUGAUGCACCUCAUGACUACCAAAUUCCACCUGUUUGAACACCUCCAGGCCAUGAAGGACUACAUACUUCUUGGUCAGGGUGACUUCAUUGCUUUGCUGAUGGAAUCUCUUGCACCGAACCUUGACCGCCCUGCCGGCGCCCAGUACCGUCAUACUCUGACGGCCAAGCUGGAAGAGGCCAUUCGAGGCUCCAAUGCGCAAUACGCAAGCCCAGAAGUAUUACGGCGGCUGGACGCUCGCAUGCUACAGCUGUCGCAAGGCGACAUCGGCUGGGAUUUGUUCACACUGGAGUACAAGAUCGACGCCCCUGUUGACUGCAUCCUGACCGAAUGGCACGGUAGGCAAUACCUGAAAAUGUUCAACUUUCUCUGGCGCGUCAAACGUGUCGAAUUUGCUCUACACUCAGUAUGGAGGAAGAGCACCACAGGUUCGCGCGGCGUGCUGCAAACUAAGGAUCUAGCCGUCGCGCAGACAUGGCGCACCACGCGCGGGACGCUCGCCGAGAUGAUCCAUUGGACUGGCCAGCUGCAGUACUACAUUCUGUUCGAGGUUAUUGAGUCGUCAUGGGGGCAGCUCCAGAAGGCACUGAAAAAAGAGGACGCCACGCUCGACGAUCUAAUCGACGCCCACACCACCUACCUCGACACCAUCACGCAAAAGGGCCUUCUCGGCGCCAAGCGCAAGGCUACGAGCGCCCCGGCCGAUGCAGGCGCGUUGGAUGAGGACCGCUCUGUACCCAUGAACCAGAUCGCCGACAUAUUGCGCAACAUACUAUCUUACCGCGACAGCGUCGACGGCCUCUAUUCGUGGGCCGUGUCAGACUUCACCUCGCGCCAGAACGACGCCAUUACCGCCGCUGCCGCCCACGAGGACACCGAGAUGGGCGGCACCGCCGCCAGCGGCAAUAACCCGCUGGGUUUUGCUUCGGCCGCCGCCUCCGAGUUCCCUGCACUACAGGACCGCCUCCGCGUUCUAGGCGCAGACUUCCGGAAGCGCGUCCAGAGGUUGCUGGGCGACCUGGCAUACACCUCGGAGCACGAGACGCGCUUUCUGGGCCUGGCCAUGAAUUUCAACGAUGUCUACCAGCCCAUGCUCAGGGCCAGACACAAACCUGGCGGUAGCGGCAGGGCUGCUGCUGCUGCCUCGGCCGUCUCCGCUCCGGGGUUUGCGAGGGGCGAGCGUGCUGGAGACUAA